GAAGACUAUACUUGAGGCUGACCAUUCCUGUUCAGGCACUGGAUAGGCAGAGAGGACAAGCCAAACUAGCUCGUCACAGACUCAGCGCUUCCGCUUCGUAACGCGUACUACUGUGGAUCGUUGGUGUGUGAAGGGAGGGAGAGAGAGAGAGGAGGGAGGAAAGAAGCUUGGUGACGGACUUGCUCCUCUGGAACACUGCUAUACUGCUAUGUGCUAUCACCACGGAAGGCUUCUCGAACAUCUCGACUAUAAGAUGUACAAUAAAGUAACACCGCGCGCGUUAUUUUAGCCAUCAUUGCAAGACUCUUGAAUGGUCUUGGUCGCUAGGGCGCAGUCAAUCUGAAGAUAGAGACAAUCCAUGGAGAUACUGGAUAGCCUUUUCUGGCUACACAUUGGGAUUAUACAUUGAAUUGGGUGGAAACUCUUAGCAAACAUUUUUUGAAGUAACUACCUCGGCUGUGCCAUAGCUUCACAAGAUUGAAAGUGACGUUUCUGGUUACAAGAUCUGACAGUUGAGGCCUUUGGUCUCCGGAGCUCCAGACAUGGCGGACCAGGAUGAAACCGUUGGGCUCCAAAAUUCAACAAGCGGUUCAGAGUCAAAGGAAUUACACUCCGAGAGUAAAGCAGAUAAACCAAAUGGAACGUCGGGCAAAUCUCCAUCCUCCCAGACGACAUAUAUUCAACAGGGAAUGGAGGGGAUAAAAGUGUACCUGCACGAGAGGGAACUCUGGGAGAAGUUUCACGAGGUGGGGACGGAGAUGAUUAUCACCAAAGCAGGAAGAAGAAUGUUUCCCAGCUUCAAAGUGAAGGUCACUGGAUUGAACCCGAAAACAAAAUACAUACUCCUGAUGGAUGUCGUGCCUGCGGACGACCAUCGCUACAAGUUCGCCGAUAAUAAAUGGUCUGUGACCGGGAAGGCCGAACCUGCCAUGCCCGGGAGGCUCUACGUUCACCCGGACUCUCCUGCGACUGGGGCGCAUUGGAUGAGGCAGCUAGUCUCUUUCCAGAAGCUGAAACUGACGAACAACCACCUGGAUCCUUUUGGACAUAUUAUCCUGAACUCCAUGCAUAAAUACCAACCCAGGAUUCACAUCGUAAAAGCGGAUGAAAAUAACGGCUUUGGCUCCAAGAACACGGCGUUUUGUACCCACGUCUUCCCAGAGACUGCCUUCAUUGCGGUUACGUCCUACCAGAACCAUAAGAUAACCCAGUUGAAGAUAGAGAACAACCCAUUUGCAAAAGGCUUCCGUGGGAGUGAUGACAUGGAGCUCCAUCGGAUGUCCAGAAUGCAAAGCACUAAGGAGUACCCGGUGGUCCCUCGCAGUACGGUGCGCCAGAGGGUGGGCACCAGCCAGAGCCCGUUCAGUGGGGAGGUGCAGGGUAUUGCCAACCCCAGUGGCCUGGCCUCCCAGUACACCCAGUGUGAGAAUGGGGCCACCAGCACCUCACAGGAUCUCCUGCCCCAGUCUGGCUCCUACCCUCUCCCACACGAGCACAGCCAGGACUACCACUGCAUCAAGAGAAAAGUGGAGGAUGACUGUCACUCAGGAGAGCACACCUACAAGAAGGCUUACCUGGAGAGUUCCUCCAGCGAGGAUGACCAUUACUACCGUCCCGUCAGCUACCCACAGAGCCUGGGCCUGCCCGGGGGGCCCUACAGGACCGAGUCCAGCCAGAGGCAGGCCUGUAUGUACGCUAGCGCCUCCCAGGGGACCGAGCCCGUCCCCAGCCUGGAGGACAUCAGCUGCAACACCUGGGCUGGUGUCUCACCCUACGGCAGCUGCUCCGUCACCACCAUGCAGCCAAUAGAGCGGCUGCCCUACCAGCACUUCUCCGCCCACUUCACCUCGGGGCCCCUGGUGUCCAGACUGAGUGGGGUGGCAGGCCACGCCUCUCCGCAGCUGGGUGACGCCCACCACGCCAUGUACCAGGGCGCCAUGGCCCAUCAGACUCUGGGCCGCCAGUGCAGCCCCGGGGCAGGCAUCCAGUCACCCACUGCAGGUCUCCAAGGCAGCGAGUACCUGUACUCACACGGGAUCCCGCGUACGCUGUCGCCUCAUCAGUACCACGCGGUGCACAGCGUCAGCAUCAUGCCAGAGUGGAAUGAGAGCAGCUAAAAGGGAUUUCUUCAUAGGAACGAUGAAGAAGUUAUAGAAAAAAGGACAGUGAUAAGGUGGGACUUUAGAUACAUCUAUAUUUAUAUUUUUUAAGCUAUAUAUACAGUAUGGCAGUGCAGUCUCGUGAGAUUAGUGGGUGAUCCAUGAAUGCCUCAAGCAUUGGACAUUGGACAUUGGACAUUGGACAUUGGACAUUGGACUCAGAGGGAGUGGGGAUGUCUUUGCAGUUACUGUGCCUAUGGGCAAACAUCAUGAGGAUGAGCAAAACAAGGUGGAGACAAGCAUUAACCAUUGAGUUUUUAGGAGUCUUAUUAGGACAACUAAAUACAAGUUUAAAAGCCAAUGCUUUUGCAGGAGGGACAGAAGUGAUUUUAUCAAGAGACUCCCAUUUUUAAAAUGUCCUGUUUUGAUAGUGUAUUAUACAUCUUGGUGCUUGAAGGAUGUUUUCUUCUUUUUUCUGCUUCAAGUAGAAAUCUUGUUGACCUUUAUCCUGUCGACCUUUACAUGCUUUAGUUUUUGUGCAAAAAAAAAAUUCUACAGAAAUUCAGAAGAUGUGAUUCUUUUUCUGUGGCUAUUUUGAAAACAUACUCGGUGAGUUGCUGGCCAGAUUCGUCAAUCAACAUGACAAAGGGCAGAAAACAUUCAAUACUUACAUGAAAGACAUUGUGUUGCUCGGCAUUAAACUUGAAUACAUCACCACCAUAUCCAUGGAUACGGGUCGACAUAACGGUGAGGUCAUAGGCAGUUGACAGGUCAAUAAGCUGACAGUGUGUUCUGUAGAGGAAGUGUGUAUUGAUAUCCUCUCUAACUCUGGCAUGUACAACACACACUUUGACCUGGAAAUAUUUGGAUGUGGUUUGCCGUUUGUCUGGGAAAGGUGUGUGGAAAAAUGUACCUGCAACGAAAGCUAAGAAACAAGAAACCUUCUGACAUAGUGGUUCUCAUUCAGACGCUUCCCUUAUAAGAGAUAUAAGCUAGAACUGGUGAAAAGGUGAUUGCAUAUUUUUAUUUGGGUAAUUGAAAACACUAUUUUUAUUAGUCUGUUGUACCCAGUAAAUGUGUGUUGUUUCUCAAUCUUUUCAUGUAUGCUCCUACAAUUGGCACUUCUCCCAUGACUACAGUCAUGAACUCAACUAGAGCAAACAAAGAUAUGCCUGGUGUGUGACUCCUUUAAUGAUGUAGAAUGAAAAGAACCAGAGGCAAAGAUUGAUAUAGACAAAUAAUGAUAAUAUGAAAUCAUGGUCACUUCAGAGAUUAUACAAGACAUCAGUCAAAAUACACGUAAUUUCUGCCAACAUAUGGAAGUCAUGUUAUAUGUUAAAGGUCAGUUGUAUGUCUGGACAAAGACUUAUUUUUAAAAUGCUUGUAGUUGAUAGAACGUUACUGGUCGAUAGUAUUUAUUUUUUUCCUGUUUUGUAAAUCAACUUGUUCCUGUUGUAUCGACAACGAAAUGUGUUAGUCGGUCCCAUCCUUUUAGUUACUUUGUUAUUUAGGCUAAAUGUAUUUUCUUUUUUAAUCCUCCUGCUUUAGAAAUCAGGACUUUCAUUUACAGUCGUCAAAAGUCUAAGAAAGACUGAGAUUGACUACUGUGGUGUAAAUAAACACAGGUGUAUAUAGAAUACGGAAUACUUGCAAUAAAUUUAAAAGAGGAUUCUGUAUUUUAUGAUUUGGCCUGCCUUUUAUUUUGAUGACGCUUACUGUUGUGACACCUAACAAAACGACUUAAACAUGAAACAUUGAAUUCAUCAUUUGGGAUCUAUAGGACUCUGUACAGAGAUAAGAUGUUUGACUACAACUCUACAUAGAUACAGACAGCUAUGCAAAACCAUAAGAGACACUAAUGUGAUACACCAGUGUGGGGUAAUGGACAAACUCUGACCAUAGACUUUUUGCUCCUUUGUUUCUAUACACACAAUUUUUGUUCAUUGCAACAAAUGUUAAAUCUUGUCAUCCCAAUGUGGGCAGCAGUAACUAAUUAUACAAACUUGUCCCCAGUUUCUCUUUAUUCAAUAAAUAAUCCUGAGGAUUAAAGGUCUGCUGUCUGGCCAACCCCUCUGAAGCCCCUCAUAAAUCUUCUGUCUGUCUGUCUACAUGUGUUGUGCUGGUUUUGCCUCUUGGUGCAGUUGAUUGGUUACCUUAGAAGACAUAUUGACCAGAGUUGACCACUCCUUGAUCACUGUUUCCAACCACAGCCUGAUGCUCACAUUGUGUUCUUUUAUAGAAGAGUGUGUUGUCGAUCAGCUUAAUGAAGCUUAGAA